AUGUCUGAUACAGAAUAUCUUUCAACGAAUUUAAUCCAACGACUUCAAUGCGCAGAAAAAUCUAUUAAAUUUCUUCAACAUGAACAUGCAUCAACAUUAGCUGAUCUUCAUAAAGAACUCGCGAAAUGGCAACAGAAAUAUAGUGAUCUUACAACUCAAUUAACAUUUAAUAAUCCUGCUGAUAAUAAUAAACUUCAAGAAAUAAUUAAACAACUUAAAAAUGAUUUAUAUCAAAGUAGAAAUAAAAUUGAAAAUCUAAAUAAAAUUUUAGAAGAAAAAGAAAAAAAUGUUAAUGAUUAUAAAAAUCGUCUUAAAUCAAGUGAACAAAAAUAUGCAUUAGAAUUACAUAAACAACAAAAUCUUAAAUAUGAAAUAAAACAGCGUUCAACAUCAAUUACACAUUUAACGAAACAAUUAUUUCAUGAAAAACAACAACAACCAAAUGUAUGUAAUCAUAUUUGUCUUGGACAUAUUAUUUUACCUAACAAACCAAGAAGAUUUAAAAAUCUUGAUGAACAACGACAACAACAACAAUAUUUAUCAUCGGAUUCACGUUCAUCAAAACGUUCAUCAUCUGUUAAUAAUCGAAUAAGUACAGAACAAAAUAGAACAAAAGUUUUAUCUCUCGGACGACGUCCAUCUAGAUUGCAACCACUUUUAUCGAAUAAUAAUGAACAAUUAGUUUCAAAAUCUCAACGUCAAUUAUUAAACAAUCAUAUAGAUUCAAAUAAAAUCGUAUCAUCACAAUCAACAGUUAAAUUUUCAACUAUUCUACCACCUAUUAACAAUAAAAAAAUGCCACUUAAAGCAACACUUUCAUGUGAAAGUGAAGCCUGA